AUGGCGGAGCAAACCGCGAAGACGUGGACAGAGAAUGGGGUACCUGCCUCACUUGUAGAGUAUGAAGUAUUCCUCAAUUACCCGAAAGAGCAGAGUCUGGUCCUGAAGACGGGCAAUUCCACUCAACACACGGCUCAACUGUACGAAGAUGCCCUACCGGAGGACGAAACGACAAGCUACCCGCAGAGUCAAGCGUUGCCAGCAUUCCAUGGCUAUUCAGCUUCUGGCCAGGUAGAAGCCGAUCGUGGCCACAAAGACGACUUUGCUGCACUCACAGCGGCCAAUAUCAACUUGGCAGGCAAGAUUGCCCUUGCAAAAUAUGGAGGGCCAUUUCGUGGCGUCAAGGUUCGCAAUGCCGAAGCACAUGGCAUGAUUGGAGUCGUUAUGUUCAGUGACCCUGGAGAUGACGGGCCGCAGGAGGCGAAGGGACAGGUUGCAUACCCCAAUGGUCCAGCACGCCAGCCUUCCUCCGUCCAACGAGGGUCCGUCGCUUCCAUCAAUCAGUACCCCGGUGAUCCAACAACUCCCGGAUACGCGUCAAAGCCCGGGGUCGAGCGUGUCAGUCACCCGCCAAAUAUUCCCAAGAUUCCAUCUCUACCCAUCUCCUACCGCGAUGCGCUACCCCUUCUGAAAGCUUUGGACGGGUAUGGCGUAUCAGGCAAGUCUAUCAAACGUGAUGGGUGGAUCGGCGGUCUGGCUGCAGCAUACAGCACUGGUCCUGCACCAAGCACUACCCUUGCUCUCACCAACUUCAUGGAAGACAAGGUUACGCCAGUCUGGGACGUCAUUGGCAUCAUCAACGGGACGAAUGCAGACGAGACUAUCAUCAUCGGAAACCACCGAGAUGCGUGGAUUGUCGGCGGAGCAGCAGAUCCGAACUCAGGCUCAGCUAUCAUGAUCGAGAUUACAAGGGCUUUCGGAGAGCUGCAGAAGACUGGUUGGAAGCCUCGUCGAAACAUCGUCUUCGCAUCCUGGGACGCAGAAGAAUACGCCCUAAUCGGCUCAACAGAAUGGGUCGAAGAACACGCCCCCUGGCUCGCUGCCACAGCGAUAACCUACCUGAAUGUCGACAUCGGCGUUGCCGGUCCCCUCCCCGGCGCAGGGUCUACCCCCGAACUCCGCACCCUUGCCCAAGAAGUCAUGAGGAAAGUCGUCUACGGCAAGAGAACUCUCUACGACGCAUGGUACGACCUCUACCGCUUUCGCCCCGAAGACAACGGCUUUUCCAAUCUGGGAAGUGGGAGCGAUUACACUGCCUUUCUCCAACUGGGUAUCGGUGCGCUGGACUUCGGAAUGGAUGCGAGUAGUACGACGCCGGUGUAUCACUAUCAUAGCAAUUACGACUCGUAUCAUUGGAUGAAGAGCAUGAUUGAUCCAGAUUUCAGUAUUCACGCUACUGUGGGGCAGUUCAUUACGUUGUUGGCGUAUCAUCUCGCAGAUGAUGCUCUCAUUCCAUUCGAUAUGGAUGCCUAUGCCCGCAACUUCAAUUACUGGAUCCGCGAACUUGUGGGAGAGACGAUGGGAAGGCCGGAUAGCGGUGAGCUUCAACGUCAGAUCAAGCUUAACGAGCUCGCGGCUGCGGGGAGGACGUUUCAACAGGUCGCUUCCGACUUUGCGGACCGGACGGCUGAGAAGACCUUUUUGGAGGACGAGGUGAGGGUGCAGAAGGCGAAUCGCAUCAUGCGCGAUGUGCAGAGACUGUUCGUGAGAGCAGAAGGCUUGCCAGGACGACCGUUCUACAAGAAUGCGUUGUAUGCGCCGAAUCGGGACGACGGGUAUAAAGCGCAAAUGCUUCCGGCGAGUAUGGAAGCGCUUCAAGAUGGGAAUUUGACCCUGUGUCUCGAGUGGAACGUCUGGCUGAAGGUGGCGAUUGAUAAAGCGGCGAAAUUACUGGCAACGGCUUGA